GGAAGCGCAUCUGUCAACGAGAUGCUGCUGCCAACAGAAUCCCCGCACUUCUGUCGUUGGUCAGUUCUAAUUUAUCGUCGUCGGAGAUCAUGGAGCAGCCUACUCAUGGAAAAAGAAAGAGUUCCGCCGUGUGGGAAUAUUUUGAUCAUAUAUCGGAAACAAAGGUUAAAUGUCGCAUUUGUACGACAGAAUUGUCGUACGUCAACAAAUCCACCUCCUCAAUGCUGAGGCAUUAUAGGGCCAGGCAUGAACAUGAAGUUCCAGAGACACCCAGGAUAAACUCAGCUACCAGGAAGCAGAUGCUGGAUGAGGCUCUGCUGAACUUCAUUGUGACGGACUGCCAGCCCCUCAGCAUUGUGGAGAGUGAAAGGUUCAGGGAACUGGUGCAGGUCCUUGAGCCAUCAUAUGUUUUGCCCACCAGAAAGACCAUCAAAAAAAUACUGGAGAAAAAAUAUGAGGAGGAACGGGAACGAGUGAAAUUGGAAGUACAGCAAGCUGUGGCAAUAACCUUUGGAAACAUCUGGAUAUGGAAGUGGGAAGGCAGACAAAAAAACUCUACUGCAGAUGCCAUACAAGAGGUCCAACGUUACCUGGCAGAGGGAAAUGUAGCUAGGUCCCAGGACACAUUGAAAUACUGGGACCAACAGAAGACCACCUUCCCAAACCUCUUCCAACUAUCACUUCAUUUCCUCUGCACUCCCGCCUCCUCUGUGCCCUGUGAGCGGGUAUUUUCUACAGCCGGAGAAAUAAUAACCAAGAAGAGAAAUAGGCUAAAAUUUAAUACAUUGGAAAAACUAAAAAGGAAACAAUACACCCAGCGGGAUGGAGAGAAGGCCUACAUUAAAAAGCCACCAAACGCAUUUAUGAUCUUUAGGAAGGAGCAGAUGUCAAAGGUCAAGGCUGAGCUAAACAUCAGAAACAACGCUGAGGCCAAUAAAGUCGUGGGUCACAAGUGGAAGUCACUCUCAGCGUCGGAUCAAGCAAAGUAUUACCAUCUAGCCGACGUUGAGAAACAUAUCCACCAAGAGAUGUACCCAAACUGGUCCUGCACAGACAACUAUGGCAAAAAGAAGAGGAAGCAGAUGAAAAAGGUCAAAAGAAGCUGA